UAUUUACACCUACUUCGAUGUAAACUCAUGAACGCUGACUCCAUCCCUAUCCCAUAUGCUGAGCCAACGGAAGAUACAAUAAGGAGAAAUGUCGCUGAUGUCUUUGGGAAGAUUCUUUGUGGUUUCCAAUUGGGAGCAGUCAUUGCCCAGAUCCAUCCGAGGGAUUUGCUCUUGACAUCUGGGACUGGCUCUGGCAAAACUUUGAUAUACUGGGUGCCAUCAACGCUGAAUAAUGGUGGAAAGAUUCUAGUAGUCAUAACACCACUCACUGUCCUUGGCUCUCAGCAAACAACUGGACUCAGCACACUGUCA